UUCCGAGUAUUUGUCAUCCAUUGUCGUUAGUUUUGUUAGUUCAACCAUUUUUUUCACGUAAAUCCUGUCACGUAUUCCAACGAAAGGUGGAAUAUUGCGAAAUACUUUCGGGACCGGAAGUUGAUACAGUUAGAGCGUGUUAGCGGGUUAAGAGGAGGUGUGUUUGUUGAUUUUACGACGCCACUGGUCAGUCCCAGUGAGAGUUCCAGUCAUUUUGUUUGUGGGAAAUAGUGUGAGAAUCGAACCCGCUACCCCUGAUAUUUUAAUUAAGACAUCAUCAAGAUGAUGUCAGCAAGUGAUCUUCCCGGCGGGAUGACGUCGGAGGCCGCGGGCGCCGCUGAAGGCGCGGUAACCGAAUCUGCCAAGGGAGAGGACUCGAACAUGAAGCAAGUCUGGAGGUUCAUCUACGUCGAUAUGAGCUUUAUAACGGGGCUGUAUGGCAUACUGUAUGCAGCGGAGCUUGGUCUGUCACUGUUGGGCCUGAUUUGUGUGUCGGUGCCCAAGAACGAGGGCUGCGCCUACCUCUACAGCUCAACAUAUUCCUAUUACGAGUUUGUGGCGAGUUCCGGAUUCAUCAUCUCCCUCGUCUGGUACUUCCUGUACGUCCUUGCCAUCACCAAGAAACUCGGCUUUGUGCGGUGGGAUAUUGCGGAGCUUGUAUCGAACGCAUUCUUCAUAUUCAACUACCUGAUCGCCUCCAGUGUGGUCGCGGCAAAAGCCUGCGGUCAGGGGGGAUACAGCGCAGCCGCGGCUUUCGGUUUCUUCUGUCUCAUAGCGUAUGGCGUGCACGAGUACUUCACCGUUCGCGCCUUCCUGGAGCGACGCCGUGACACCGCCGCCGGCUCCCCCGCCGCCCCCGACGACGAGUCAAAGUACUGACACACUGAUGCAGUAGUUUAGUCUUCACCUUGUCAUAUAGGUGCAUUACGCUAGGACAUAAUACACUUUCUUUAGCAAUGACGGUGACAUUACUGUCCAAACACGUGCAAUACCCAUGUACAUAAUGAACAUUCUUCUUGCAAAGAGGGUGCAAUAUCUGUUCAUACACAUGCAUUAUUAAAAAUUAUUAUAACAUUUGCCAUAUGUAAUAUUGCUUAAGUGCCUGUAUAUGUAUCGGUCUGUGCAUUCUCAAAGUUUGAUUUUCCACUUCGAUAUAUGUAUAGUAUUACAUUCACGGAUAUGGCGUGAUAUUUUCUUACAAGUGCAUGUAUACAUGUAAUUUUAUGUUUUUAAUAUUUAAAAUGUUUUCAAAAUAAACGAAAUUAAUUUAA